CCUGGCUGGGCGGCGCCCCGGCCGGCUCCAGCCCCGCCCCGCGGCAGGUUAAGAGCCGGGCAGAGCCGGGCGCUCCAGACAGAAAGUGACCCGUGGGGGGGCAAGUUGGUUAGGUUGUCAUGGCGACGGCGCGGGUGGCCGGGGCCCUGCGGGCAGUCGCUGCGGGUGGGCUGCUGCACCGCCCGCGAGGCCCUAGGGGCUCCCGAAGGCUGAGCGGCACCGCGCAGCGGCGGGCGGCGGGGAGCGCCAGCCCUGGGCGCCGGCUCAGCACUGUUGGGAUGCCUGCGCAGCCCCGGUACGAGACCGAGAGCGCGGAGGAUGCCUCGCCGCCGCCUGCUGCUGAGGAACCGCCGUGGAGCCCGCCCAGUGCUCCCCUCGUGGGCCCGGAGCUCCCGGAGCACUCCGCCGGCCGCUCGCUGGUGCAGCGAGACAUCCAGGCCUUCCUGAACCAGUGCGGGGCCAGCCCGGGAGAGGCGCGCCACUGGCUCUCGCAGUUCCAGACUUGCCACCACUCCUCGGACAAGCCCUUCGCCGUCAUCGAGGUGGAGGAGGAGGUGCUCCAGUGCAGGCAGGCCGUGUCCAGCCUGGCCUUCGCCCUGGCCUUCCUGCAGCGCAUGGACAUGAAGCCGCUGGUGGUCCUUGGGCUGCCCGCCCCCACGGCGCCCUCGGGCUGUCUCUCCUUCUGGGAGGCCAAGGCCCAACUCGCACAGAGCUGCAAGGUGCUGGUCGACGCGCUCCGACACAGUGCCGCCACCGCCGUGCCCUUUUUUGGCGGCGGCUCUGUGCUGGGCGCCGCCGAGCCAGCCCCGCAUGCCAGCUAUGGUGGCAUCGUGUCGGUGGAGACAGACCUGCUGCAGUGGUGCCUGGAGUCGGGCAGCAUCCCCAUCCUGUGCCCCAUCGGGGAGACGGCUGCGCGCCGCUCGGUGCUCCUCGACUCGCUGGAGGUGACUGCGGCGCUGGCCAAGGCGCUGCAGCCCACCAAAAUUAUCUUCCUCAACAACACAGGCGGCCUGCGCGACAACCACCACAAGGUCGUGAGUAACGUGAAUCUGCCCGCUGACCUGGAUCUGGUCACUAACGCCGAGUGGGUGAGCACCAAAGAGCGGCAGCAGAUGCGGCUCAUCGUGGACGUACUCAGCCGACUACCACACCACUCCUCCGCCGUCAUCACGGCCGCGAGCACGCUGCUCACGGAACUCUUCAGCAACAAGGGGUCUGGGACGCUGUUCAAGAAUGCAGAGCGGAUGCUUCGAGUUCAGAGCCUUGACAGCCUCGACCAGGGCUGCCUGGUGAACCUGGUCAAUGCCAGCUUUGGCAAGAAGCUCCGGGAUGACUACCUGGCCUCACUGCGCCCACGGCUGCACUCCAUCUAUGUCUCUGAGGGGUACAACGCGGCCGCCAUUCUGACCAUGGAGCCGGUGUUGGGAGGCACCCCGUACCUGGACAAGUUCGUGGUGAGCUCUAGCCGCCAGGGCCAGGGCUCGGGCCAGAUGCUGUGGGAGUGUCUGCGGCGGGACCUGCAGACUCUUUUCUGGCGCUCUCGGGUCACCAACCCCAUCAACUCCUGGUACUUCAAGCACAGUGAUGGCAGCUUCUCCAACAAGCAGUGGAUCUUCUUCUGGUUCGGCCUGGCUGAUAUCCGGGACUCCUAUGAACUGGUCAAUCACGCCAAGGGGCUGCCGGACUCCUUCCGCAAGCCAGCUUCAGACCCAGGCAGCUGA